AUGGAUGAUAGUGGCACGUAUCCCCGUAGCUGCAUCCCCUGCAACCGCCGCAAGGUCCGAUGCGACCGGAGGUUUCCCUGCGGUCGAUGUGUCAAGGGCAGCGAAGAAUGUGUCUUUCCUGGUCCUAAACGAGCACCGCGACAGCUGAAACGCCCCCCAAUCGCCGAGGUGCUGGCCCAGCUGCGACACCUGGAGCAAGAGGUCCAGCUCCUGCGCGCCCAAGCUCAGCAACCUGCGGAGGCUGGAUCGGCUUCUAGCUUGUCUCCACUCGGCCAUUCCCAAGAGGAGGCCGCUGGCCCACUGGAACCAGGCCAGCGGGAAGGCAGGCUGGUGAUCAAGGAAGGUAAAAGUCGUUAUGUCGGGGAUGCGCCCUCGGCCGUGCUGGGGGACAAGAUCCGAGAACUACAGGACAUCUGUGAAGCAUCAUCCUCCGAGGAUGAACUGGAGACCCCGCAGGCAUCCGGCUUGCACUUCGCUAGUAGCCUUGGGGGCAACUGGCAGGAUCACAGUUUACGAGACACCUACCUGCAGUCGGACCAGAUCCAGCGCUUAUGGCAAGUCUACAAAAACAAUGUAGCUCCGCUACUCGGCGUUCUGCACGUACCGUCUGUGGAGAUCAUGGUUCGUGAAGAGUCUGAGAAAAUCAAUCCGGACCCUGCACGCGAAGCACUCAUUCUGGCUGUGUGCUUUGCUGCCAUCGUAACCAUAACCCCAGGUCAGUGCUUGGACUUGGUGGGUCUCAAUUGCGAGAAGGCUAUUCAGAGCUACCAGCUCGCCGUUGACCAGGCUUUGGUAAGGGCCAACUUCAUCAAAUCUCAGAACAUCAGUGUUCUGCAAGCUGCAGUGAUCUUCUUGCUCUGCCUUCGCUGGAGGGGGGAUGCCAGACUCGUCUGGGCGGCGUCUGCCGUCGUUGUUCGUGUGGCUCAGGGCCAGGGCGUCCAUCGCGACGGUCAACGCCUCGGACUCAGCCCGUUCGACUCGGAAAUGCGGCGUCGCUUAUGGUGGCACAUUUGUGUCCUGGAUAUGGUGUGCUCCGAGGAUCAAGGAACUGACACCCAGAUCCAGCCAGGCAUGUUUGACACUCGUCUCCCCCAUAAUAUUGACGGGGAAGAUCUGGCUCCUUCGAUGACUGAGCUGCCACCGGAAAAAUCCGGCGCCACUGAUAUCACCCUCCUCAUUAUUCAGUGCGAGCUUAUCUCGGAACUCAAUUGGCCAAAUCGACGUAAUGGUGCAAAGGAUCCAGAAUCCUCGGCCGAUCAGGAACCGCUAGUUACCACUGUAGCGAACCGUCUGGAAAAUCGGUAUUUGCAACACUUAGACAUCAACAUCCCAAUCCAAUGGGUUUAUGCCAUGAUCAUUCGAUUGACCCUGUCGAAGCUGUGGCUGUACGCUCAUUACAACAAAAUCCCCAGCCAUGGGUCUCAAUCCGAAUGCUCGCAGGCCGCCUGCGAUGAUGCCUUUCGGGCGGCCGUCGAAACCAUCAAAUUUACCAUUCUGCUGCAUACCAACGAGAGUACUUCGCACUGGGCGUGGUUGUGCAAGACGUAUAAGCAAUGGCACACGGUCGCCUUCAUUCUCGCCCAGCUGUGCAACCGCCCGAUCACGGCCGAAACCGAUCAUGCCUGGCAGGUGGUGACGGAGAUCCAGCGGCAAUGGGAGCAGGAUGGCUCGCCUCAGAGUGUCAUGCUCCGGAAGCCGCUCAAGCGGUUGAUGCAACGGACAGCUUCAACUAGGGCAGCCAAAAUGGGAGUAUCGCCAGGCUCCUCUCUGGGCACGGGGGUUACGGAGGAUGAUAGCAUGGAUUCGGAGUUGAUGUCUUUAGAUACCAACCCUGUUCCAGGCAUGGAGAUCUCACAGGUUCCCCUGGAUCAAGGUUCUAUUCCAUCAGAUGUCUAUUCGCUAGGAAUGGCUGGCUUUGGUGUCUCGGGCAUGGAGUGGCUGUGGGAGCCAUUGCUGUGA